AUGAGUGGACGGCCUGCCACAAGGCCGAGAAUCGACCAUUCCGUCGUGAAUAUUUGGGAAAGGGAAGUUGGUCUUUUGCCCAAUCGCUCUUUCUCCAACCGUUUCUCUGCCUCUCAGGAUCUGUUACAGCGUCUUGGACUCGACAAGAGGCUCCGAAAGCAUAAGGGGUGUGUCAACACGAUAACCUUCAAUGCAGAUGGAGAUAUCAUCCUUUCUGGCUCUGAUGACAGGCAACUUAUUCUUUGGCACUGGGAGGCUGCUGCUCCUCUCAAACUCUCUUUCGAUUCUGGCCAUUCCGACAAUAUCUUCCAAGCCAAGUUCAUGCCUUUCUCUGACGAUCGCAGCAUUGUCACAUCUGCUGCUGAUGGACAGGUCCGCUUUUCCCAAAUUCUAGAGUGUGGAAAAGUAGAGACUUGUAUGUUGGGUAAACAUCAAGGCCAGGUCCACAGCUUGGCUGUUGAGCCUGGAAAUCCAUUCACAUUCUACACCUGUGGUGAGGAUGGGGUUGUAAAGCAUUUUGAUCUUAGGACUCGGGUGGCUACAAAUCUGUUCACGUGUAAAGAAGCAAAGUACAAUUUAAUAGUCUACUUGAAUGCAAUUGCAGUUGAUCCGAGGAACCCUGGCCUGUUUGCGGUGGGUGGAAUGGAUGAGUAUGCUCGUCUCUAUGAUAUCCGCAGCUAUCGCUCCGAGGCAUGGUAUAAUUAUGCCCGGCCCGUUGACCACUUUUGUCCUCGCCAUUUGAUAGGAACAGCCCAUGUGGGAAUCACAGGUCUGGCUUUCUCGGAUCAAAGUGAGCUCCUUGCUUCUUAUAGUGGCGACUUCAUCUAUCUUUUCACCCCUGAUAUGGGGCUGGGCCCAAAUCAGUCUUCAACUAAGGAGAGCAAGACCAAGACCAAGACCCCACCGCAAGUUUAUAAAGGGCACAAGAACGGUGAAACAGUCAAAGGUGUCAACUUUUUUGGACCCAAGUGUGAGUAUGUGGUUAGUGGUUCUGACUGUGGCCGAGUAUUCAUCUGGAGGAAGAAGGACGGAGAGCUUCUCCGUGCCAUGGAAGCAGAUAAACAUGUUGUCAACUGUGUAGAGUCUCAUCCUCACAUGCCCUUCUUGUCUAGUAGUGGCAUCGACUCUGACAUCAAAAUAUGGACUCCUGGAGGAACUCAGAUACUCGCUGCAAAACUGGAUUCGAUGUCUGUGUUUUCUGAUGAAGACGACGAUGAUUCUGAUUCUGAUUCUAAUGAAGUUAGCGAUGAGAUUUCAGAUGAUGAUGAUAGUGCGGAAGAGGAGGAGGACAAUGGUGAAGACGACGUUGAGAUUAAGGAUGAUGAUGUUCACAGAGAACAAAAGAACCAAUUAUGUCUUAAGAUCAGAAAUUUUCACUUGGCAAACAUUCUUCAUACUCCGGUUCUGUUCGCUCAAGAAAGAUCGCUCCAUGAGAAAUGGACCUUCCUGAGAGGAAUAGAAGAAAGCUAUUUUAAGCAGAAAUCGAGAAUCAACUGGUUAAAGGAAGGGGAUCAGAACACGACUUACUUCCAGAGAAUCGCCCAAACAAGAGCAAGCUACAACUCCAUCAGAUCGUUCUUGCUCUCCAAUGGUGAAACAAUUCAGGACCCGAUAGAGAUGAGUUUCCACGCCAUUAAUCACUUCAAAACUAUUCUUGGGCCUUCAGUCUUGCCACCAACCUCGCUGCUCUCCCCUCCCUCAUGGUUCCAGUCUCUCUCACCUUUCCGCUGCCCCCCAGAGAUCCAACUAGGAAUGGUUGCUAGACCAUCUCCAGAGGAAAUCAAAAAGGUUUUAUUUCGCCUGAACCCGAAUAAGUCCUCGGGGCCCGAUGGACUAACCUCAGGCUUUUACAAGGCUGCAUGGGACAUCUUGGGUCCGGAAGUAACCGCUUCUAUCUCAGAUUUCUUCACCAACUCGUUCAUGCCUGCUUCCACCAAUGCAACCAUCUUAACUCUCAUCCCGAAGCACCCAGGAGCCUCGAUGAUAACCGACUACAGACCCAUAUCGUGCCUCAAUACCCUCUAUAAAGUUGUCUCUAGACUUCUGGUGCGCCGUUUGAAGCCACUUCUGCCAUCCCUCAUUCUCCCCAACCAAACUGCAUUUGUCAAAGACAGAUUGUUAGUUGAAAAUACAGUUCUUGCAGCGGAAAUAGUCAAUGGCUAUCACAAAACAAAAGGACCAAAGAGAAUCACAAUCAAAGUUGACAUAGCAAAGGCGUUUGAUAGUGUCUCUUGGGAAUUCUUGUUCAACUGUCUAGAAGGUCUAGAGCUGCCGGAGCAGUAUAGGAAGUGGCUUAAAGCUUGUAUCUGCACUACUAAUUUCACGGUGGGAUAUAACGGUAUGGUACAAGGCUAUUUCAAAGGGAAGAGAGGACUAAGACAGGGUGACCCACUAUCUCCCUAUCUGUUCGUUAUAGCUAUGAAUUGCCUCUCACUAAUGUUAAACAAGGCAGCAGGGGAUAAGAAGUUUACCUACCACAAAGGCUGUGCUGGCUCCAAGCUGACGCACCUUUGCUUUGCCGAUGACCUUCUUAUCUUUGCGGAAGGGACUUUGGAAUCUGUUCAGAACGUGUUACAAGUCCUUCAUAAAUUCCAGAAGCGAUCAGGCCUUGCUGUCAGUGUGCAGAAGUCGAGUUUCUUCGCCGCGGGUGUUUCUGAAGCUGAUUGUGACUUGAUAAAAUUCAGUACGGGAAUGCCUCAAGGAACGUUGCCAGUCAGGUACUUAGGAGUCCCCCUGUGUAGUAAGAAACUAAGCAUGGCCAAUUGUGAAAUACUAAUCCAACAAGUAAAGAUGCGUCUUACCUCCUGGAGCUCGAAGUCGCUGUCUUUUGCGGGAAGGCUUCUGUUGAUAAAGACGGUCAUUGCAGGAAUAUCAACUUUCUGGUGCUCCUCUUUUGUCCUGCCAAAAGCGUGCAUCAAAAGAAUUAACUCUCUGUGUAGUAUAUUUCUAUGGCAAGGGAACUUGGAAGCUCAUCACUCGGCAAGAGUCUCCUGGGACACAGUAACAAAAACAAAAGAGGCAGGAGGGUUGGGAAUUCGUGACCUGGUUGUUUGGAACAAAGCGUGCUGCUUGAAAUUGAUCUGGCUCAUCUUUUUCCAAUCAGGUUCAGUUUGGGUAGCUUGGUUUAGAACAGAGAUCCUACAAGGGAAUCUGAGUAACUUCUGGACAGUCAAACCAAAUCAGAGAAACUCGUGGUUGAUCAAUAAGUUACUCAAGAUAAGGGAGGAAAUAUACCUAUGGAUCAAACUGAGAGUCGGGAAUGGGAGGAAUUGUCGAUUCUGGUCGGACAAUUGGUCGCCUUUUGGCAACAUCCACAACUACCUACUGGGAAAUGAAGGCUCAAGACUAGGCAUCCCUCUGAAGGCGACAUUGGCAAGUCUCCAUCGAAGAGAUGAGUGGCGUCUGCCCCCUGCAAGAUCUGACAGAUUGGUGAGUAUCCAAGCACACUUAACUACUAUCUCAAUCACUAACCAGGAGGAUUACUAUGAAUGGGAAAUAGAGGGGCAGGUCUCGAAGAAAUUUGGGACUGGGGAGGUUUAUAGGCAACUGAGAGGAGAGAUGGCAACGGUACCUUGGACUAAGGCAGUGUGGUGUGGAGGCGGAAUUCCUAGGCACAGCUUCUUGACUUGGCUUUUUACACUCAAUCGAUGUCCGACUCGUGAUAGGAUUCUGGGUUGGGGUCUGCAAACGGAUCCUGUUUGUCUUCUAUGUAAUGUAGAACCAGAAAGCAGAGACCAUUUGCUCUUUCGAUGUGAGUAUAGCUGGAGAAUAUGGAGGCCAUUGGCAAGGAGAUGCAAUCUCCAACCUUUAAGGUCUUGGAACACCUCCCUACAACAAAUGCAGUCUCUCACCCUGGGAAAACUGUGGAAGAAACUAGCGCUUAUCACUUGGCAGGCAACAAUCUACUGGAUUUGGGCAGAGAGAAAGGGCCGACUUCAUCGUGGAGUCUUCUCCUCGGACUGCUCCAUUUCAUCCUCCAUCGAUAGACAAAUCCGGAAUCGAAUCGCUAGCUUCCGAGACACAAACCCUCUCCAUGCAUCAAAACUCUUGCAAUUGUGGCUCUCAACGGGAUCGCAAUCGGCAGACUUUUCUAUCUGA